AUGCAAGAGCAGCGAGCGCGUCCGUGUCACAGCAAAAACAACAACAGGCUACUGUGGAGCUGCAGCUGCAUGGACCGCGACCACAACAACACGCCGUUUUCCCCCGUCAGUUUAGCUCCAUUCCUGACGCAACAUGCAAGUUAGCAGUGCCAUGUGAGCUCGGAUGCGCUGUGGGGUUUCUUUGCCAGCAGAACUUUUAACAGUCCAGUUCUUUGACGGAAAACGGCUUCCAUGCUAGCAGGCUAGCUCGAGUCCCUAUGUUUGAGUGUCUUCCGGCAGCAACGGCGGCGGCGGCGGUGUCAUGAACAGUGGACUCCCAGCUUCAGCUGCUCCGCUCGGGGGUGCCGGGAUACCCAAUGUCAAGGUGAAGUUUUGCCGAUACUACGCGAAAGACAAAACCUGCUUUUAUGGAGACGAGUGUCAGUUCCUGCACGAGGAUCCGUCCAUGUCAAGCCUGGCGCUGCACGGCGGCGGCGGUAGCCCAGUCCCGUUCUCCAUGGCCGGGGGUGGCGGGACUCCAGCGGGGUACUCCCUCGGUGGGCCCGCGGCUACGUGUGCCGGCGGAGGUUCGACCAUUGUGCCUAAGAAGAGCGAGCCCAUGGGACCUGCCGGAGCUCCCCUGGAUGGGCCUAUGCUGAGCAUUCCAGGUAUGGAGGGUGCACCCUUGAGCGAUGCCAAUCUCACCAACUCUUACUUCAGCAGCAGCUUUAUUGGGGUCAAUGGAUUUGGAAGUCCUGCAGAAUCGAAGUACUCAAUGAUGCAGCGAAUAACCACCAGCAGCAGCUCUCCCAGCCUCCUCAAUGAUGGUGCCAAGAACUAUAGCCACAGCACUCAUGAUCCAGUGAACUCUCCCACAUCUUCACUGUUCAGUGAUUUUGGUGCUCUCAGCAUAUCCCAAAGGCGAAAGGCUCCUAAUCCAGCAGCAAGCGAGUUCAUCCCGAAGGGAGCUCCUCGGAUGGCAACUAUGGCUCAGUCGAAUGUCCAGGCUUUUCCUUCACCUCUCUUCCAGCAUCCUGCUCUCAGUGGCUCCACUGCUUCUGCACUGGCUCCAGGCAUGUCUUUGUCUGCUGGAUCUUCUCCUCUUCACUCUCCCAAAAUUACACCUCACUCAUCUCCUGCUCCACGUCGGCGCAGUCACACCCCAAAUCCCGUCAACUACAUGGUACCCACGACCGCAUCGGACCAGGGCGCACACAUAAUCCAGAAGGAGACCGUGGGAGGAACUACCUACUUCUACACUGAUAACACCCCGGCCCCAAUGACUGGGAUGGUGUUUCCUACCUACCAUAUCUAUCCCCCCACUGCGCCACAUGUUGCAUACAUGCAGCCGAAAGCCAAUGCACCGUCCUUCUUCAUGGCAGAUGAACUCCGACAAGAGUUGAUCAACCGACAUUUAAUAACCAUGGCCCAGAUCGAUCACUCAGAGAACCCAGAUGUACCAUCUGAAGUGGACAGCUAUCACAGUCUGUUCCCACUCGAGGCCCUUCCCCAUCCAAACCGCAUGCAGAAAACCAGCAACUUCAGCUACAUCACCUCCUGCUACAAGGCAGUCAACAGUAAAGAUGACCUGCCUUACUGUUUGAGGAGGAUACAUGGUUUCCGUCUUGUCAACACCAAGUGCAUGAUGUUGGUGGACAUGUGGAAGAAAAUUCAACACUCAAACUCAGUGACCUUGAGGGAGGUCUUCACCACAAAGGCCUUUGGAGACCACUCGUUGGUUUUCUCUUACGACUUCCAUGCGGGUGCCGAAACCAUGUUCAGCAGGCACUUCAAUGACCCAACAGCAGACUCGUACUUCACAAAGCGCAAGUGGGGUCAACAUGAACCCCCGCCUCCACGACAACAUGCCGGUCUGCUCCCGGAGUCUCUGAUUUGGGCCUACAUUGUCCAGCUCAGCUCCGCACUGCGCACCAUCCACACAGCUGGUCUGGCUUGUCGUGUCAUGGACCCCAGCAAAAUUAUCAUCACUGGCAAGACCAGGUUACGGGUGAACUGUGUUGGUGUUUUUGAUGUCUUAACCUUUGACAACAGUCAGACCAACCAUCUUGCUCUAAUGCCACAGUACCAGCAAGCUGACUUGGUCUCACUGGGAAAGGUGGUACUGGCGUUGGCGUGCAACUCACUGGCUGGGAUUCAAAGGGAGAACUUACAGAAGGCUAUGGAGCUGGUGUCCAUCAACUACUCCUCAGACCUCAAAAACCUCAUCCUGUAUCUGCUCACAGAACAAUCCCGUCUGCGCAGUGUCAAUGACAUCAUGCCAAUGAUCGGAGCCCGAUUCUACACUCAACUGGAUGCAUCACAGAUGAGGAACGAUGUCAUUGAAGAGGACCUGGCGAAGGAAGUGCAAAAUGGCAGACUCUUCCGCCUGUUGGCAAAACUUGGCACCAUCAAUGAGCGACCUGAGUUCCAGAAGGACCCGACGUGGUCAGAAACGGGGGACCGAUACUUGCUGAAGCUUUUUCGAGAUCAUCUGUUCCAUCAGGUGACAGAGGCUGGAACGCCCUGGAUAGACUUCAGCCACAUUGUCUCCUGCCUCAAUAAGCUGGACGCUGGUGCUCCAGAGAAGAUCAGCCUGGUGUCCCGCGACGAGAAGAGUGUCCUGGUCGUGACGUACUCUGACCUGAAGCGCUGCUUCGACAGUACCUUCCAAGAGCUGCAGGCUGCCGCUUCUGGCUCGCUGUAGCGCCCCCUUCAGGCGCGGGCUUGGCUCACCCCGUCUUGGAGCACAUCAUUGCACUACAGCAGACGACCAGGCCCAAGAAGUUGACAUCAGCAAAGCAGCAGAGCUCCGUGAACCUCAGUCACUUACACUGUCCACCAGGAAGGCUUUUCUUCACGUUUCUUUCCCAAAUUGUCCCAACAAAAACAUGGCAGGUCAGACAAACCCAGAAGCUGUGAGAGAGACGUGUCUGACAUUUUUUUAAAUUCUUGGGAUCAAAAACAUAAACGGCUCAUGAGGUUUUGGACUAUCUCCUGCUUUUAUUGUUUCUUUCUACAGUUGGGAGGGGGGAGUGUUUUGAGGAGGAUGCACUAAGAUUUUAAUUUUUGUCCAAUUUUUUGGUUGUUAUUUUUAUGACCAUUUGUGCGCGUGUACAGAACACACAUGGACUUGAUCACAGGAAAUGUCAUGGAGCUUUCAACUGACUCUGUUAGGAGACCACUCCCCUUCAUUCUGACGCACUAGUAGACGGGACACACCACUGGAGGACUUGGUGAGACGGGCUGGCCUCUGUCUGAGGGCCAUGGUUGAGUUUCUCUCCUCUGAACCACUGGUUUGGGUAGGAAAUGUUCUGAAAACUGGAAAAAGCUUUUGGUUAAUGACACAAAUAAUUUGUCUCUGGUGAGGCAGAGGAGGGCUAAUAUUGUGGAGGUCCUCGUCUGCUGCUUGUCCAGGGUUUGUUUGAAAAGCAGCGACUCUGGAAUCAUGAACUGGUCAAAUGGACUUUUUUUUUUUUUUUUAAGUUAGCUUGUCCAGCACUUGGUUGUAGCCCCGUGACCGGGCCUAGUGUUGAGGCGGAGCCACAGCUGCCUCUACGUGGAAUGUCAGCAUUUUGUCUCGUCUCAACGUUACUCCGUUUUGGUCCCUUUUCGCCUCCUUUCCCCAGACCUGGUUUCCCUUCAGCGGCUGAAAGCCGACUUCACUGAUGAUGUUUUUGGUUUUCCUGUUUGCUUGGUUUUGCAUCAUGACGCGGUGGAGAACAGAGCUAAUUCACCUUUCUUUGUCAAGCCAACUUUUCAUUCUGUGGACCAACUCCAGCAGGGAUGGGGGGCUUCAGAGGGCCAAAGGAAGAUCUAAAAACUAUGCGCCAGCAGUUUUUACUUUUGACUUUUUAAUAUGGUAAACACACGCACACACACACACACACACAAACUUUUUGCUGGAGACGGAAAACGUGCUGCUUGUUGUUGCUCUCAAUUAGUUUGGAGUUUCUCUCAGAAUUGAUGAAGCUGUUUGAGUCCGAUGAGUGAAUGUCAUAGUUUCAUCAGUGGCCCUCUUGUCCAGCCAGGUGGGUGAGACACAGCGAGGUGGGCGGAGGAAGAUGUCAAAACUCAUCCUGCAGGGAAUUUCACGUUGCCCUUCAAGACAGAUAAUGUUGUACAGUCUCGCCCAACCCUGUCCUCAGUUGCUGCCUCAUGCCUUUUUCCCGCUCUUAUUUAGCUCCAAAAGCAAAUUGCCAAUUACAGUUUCUUUGACGCCCCAAACUCCAAAGUGCACGUCUGUUUUCAAGGGCAACAUCUUGACAGAGAACUGUCAGAGUGAAGUCGUGCUAUUUUCUCUGUGAUAGUCAAACAGAAGCUCAUGUUUGGUGAAUGUGGUGCUGUAGAACUCCCUACCAGACACAACACCCUCAGACUCACACAUAUCCGCCCAGUCUCUGCCUACAUGUGUGCAGAUCACAAUCCUCCUUAUCGCAACGCACACACACACACACACACACACUCCGUCGUUUCUGGUAACAUCCCCUCCUCCUCUCACCACACAAUCACAAUCUCGGUAUGUUUUAUGCCCCUCAUGUGUUUAUGGUCUCAAAUUUUGCAAUAUUUGUGUGUACAGCAGUAUUUUAAUAAAGAAUACCAA